AUGGACGCACUAUACUUCACCGUGUUGGACGCUAUGUCAGUCUGGUGCACAGUCACCAUGCACUCGCUGUACUUCGUGCACUUCUGUGGUAAAUAUUACCGCCGACGAGACCGUCUGCUUCGGGAAGGAGUUGGCGCUGUCAUAGAGAGUAGGAGAAUGCCAAGCGCCAGGGAAGAAGCUCAUCGCAUGCAGCCAAUGCCGAGUGCGAAAUCUGCCAAAACUGAAACAUUGGGUCAACUUGCCGACGCAUCCGACGCCUCAACGUACACAGUCAGCAGCAAGCACGUGGUGGCCAACGCAGGGUCGCACCACUGGCGAGAGAGACCGAAACAUACGAUCCGCAACGCUCUGCGUUCUGGGAACGACAUUGGGCCGGAGUUCAACAUGCCGUCAAUACCGAAGACUUCAUGGCUUAGGGUGCCCCGUCCGAGGUCUUUCCUCGGCCUGCUCUCCCUCCAAACAGGCACCGAACUGAUCUCGGUCGCGCUGGUAUUCAACAAGGCGACCGGCGUCUACGGCCUCCUCACGCUGUUCACGGGCUACUCGCUCUCCGCGCUCCAGGUGACGGCGUACCUCGGCUCGAUCCUCGUCCUCGUCGCGCUCGCGCUCUGCGUCCCCCACAUCCGCAAACAGAGCCCCCUGCAGAACCUCGCUCUCGCUUGGGUCUACGCCAUCGACACGGUCGUCAGUGCCGCCUACACUACCGCCUUCGCGACGAGCUGGUAUCUCGCGUUGCGGAACGACCCGACGGGCCCCGCGGGCCAUGAGGAGGCGCCGGGGACGCAAAGUGCUAAUGGACAGGUGCGGCGCGACGGUGGCCAGGCCAAGGCUGCAGCUGGCGUGGAGGAUACUGCGGCAAGCAUGGUGCUCAUCGUCGCUUUCUCGCUCGUGCGGGUAUACUUCAGCCUUGUGGUCAUGGCAUAUGCUCGGAUGGUGCUGCUGCGGUUCGUGGACGAGAGGAUGGCUGACGCGGAAGACGUGUCCGGCACGACCGCCGACCCGUUUGCCGUCGGCGCUCCCCUUGGCGAAGGGUGGAGGGGACAGUUGGGAAGGGCGAUGGUGUCGGUAGGGAGAGGCUACUGGCUGGGCGGCAAGAAAGAGGACGAGGAAUGGGCACGGCGGGUCAAAGCCAAGUUCCGGAGCACCAGAGAGUGA